UCUCCCCUUCUUGGCCAUUUCUACUGCCUUUCAAAUUCUUCUUUCCUUGCAUAAAAAUUAAUUUCUUUCUUCUCUUUCUAAUUCAAUUAAUAUCUUCUUCCAUAUUUGUAAGUAACCACCCUGCCAUUUGUUUUCAAUGAGACCAACGUUUGUAGCAAUCUUCUUAGUCUCCUUUGUCUUUCCUUUUGUUAUUUUUGCUGCUAGAUCCUUUCCAGAGAAAUCUGAUUGUAAUGGUGUUAAAAGUAGGAUUGAAUUUGAUGCGUCUAUGCAGUUUUUGGAGGCACCCGCCUAUCAGAACGGUCUUCAGUGUCCCAUUUUGGCUUCAAAUUCUUUGUUAUUGGUGUGUGAUCCUUUGGUUGUUCACAUCGCAGUGACACUUGAUACUGAAUACUUGAGAGGAACUGUUGCAGCAAUUCAUUCAGUUCUCAGACACGCUUCUUGCCCGGAAAAUAUUUUCUUUCACUUCAUUGCUUCGGAUUCGAGCCCGGUUCAUUAUAAUGAACUAACUCAUAUCGUUCGGUUGGCUUUUCCUUCUUUGAAGUUCAAGGUUUAUGAGUUUAAAGAAUCUCUUGUUGCUAAUCUUAUCUCUUCCUCAAUCCGUCAAGUUCUUGAGAAUCCAUUAAAUUAUGCGAGGAGUUACUUGGCUGACAUGCUUGAAAAUUGUGUUGAUCGUGUGAUUUAUCUUGAUUCUGAUACAAUAGUUGUUGAUGAUGUUGAAGAACUUUGGAGGGUUUCUCUAUCUGGGUCAAGAGCAAUUGGAGCUCCAGAGUAUUGUCAUGCAAAUUUCACCAAGUAUUUCACUAGUGAGUUCUGGUUUAACAGUGAUUUCUCCAGGGCUUUUGAAGGGAAAAAUCCUUGUUACUUCAACACAGGAGUGAUGUUAAUGGAUUUAAAUAGAUGGAGAGAGAAUGAUUACACAGGAAAGAUUGAGAAGUGGAUGAGAAUUCAAAAGGAGAAGAGGAUUUAUGAGUUGGGUUCUCUUCCACCAUUUUUAUUAGUAUUUGGUGGAAAGGUGGAAGCCAUUGAUCAUAGAUGGAAUCAACAUGGACUUGGAGGAGAUAAUGUGGUGAAUAGUUGCAGAAGUUUGCAUCCGGGGCCGGUGAGUUUGCUCCAUUGGAGUGGGAAAGGGAAGCCAUGGGCAAGGCUUGAUGCCAAGAAGUCAUGUCCAGUUGAUGUUUUGUGGGCACCUUAUGAUCUCUAUAAGUUUGCUAAACAUUCUGGGAACUAAGAACAGUAACAGCAAAAAUAUUGAUUUAUCCAAUUUUCAUUCUUUUGAUUAUUGAUGUUUAAAUGACAGAGAUACAGAGUUCAUUUAGAAGUACAAUUUGUCCUCAUUACUCUUUUCCUUUGUAUAGUCAUCUGAUUGUAAGUGGAUUUAGUGGAAAGAAAUAGAAGGGUAUUGUUUUGUUU